AAGCUGCAAGUAUCUUUCAAAAACGCUUCGAUGUGGGACUUUGGAAAGUCACAACUCAAUAAGAAGCUGCAAGUAUUUUUCUCAGCUCUUCUGGAGGCUAUCAUUUGGCUUUGAAGGAAUUAAUGGAGGGGUUCUUCAGGUCCUUCACUAGGCUUGGAGGUGUUAGGGGUUACUCUAGCAUCAAGAAGGAUCUUCAGAUUGAAGGGGUUAAGCAUGCCAUAGCCGUUGCUUCUGGUAAAGGCGGCGUGGGCAAGUCCACCACUGCAGUUAACUUGGCCGUUGCACUUGCUAACAAGUUCCACCUGAAGAUUGGUUUGCUUGAUGCUGAUGUGUAUGGACCAAAUGUUCCUAUCAUGAUGAAGAUCAAUAGUAAGCCAGAGGUGACUGAAGCAGAUAAGAAAAUGGUUCCUCUUGAGAACUAUGGAAUCAAGUGUAUGUCAAUGGGAUUGCUUGUGGAUACAGAUGCUGCAUUUGUGUGGAGAGGUCCCAUGGUAGGGAAUGCGAUUGGAAAAAUGGUCAGAGAUGUAAACUGGGGAAAUCUUGAUAUUCUUGUGAUAGAUAUGCCCCCUGGCACUGGUGAUGCUCAGAUAGCUAUUUCUCAAUUGCUGCGUUUAUCAGGUGCACUGAUUGUUUCAACUCCUCAGGAUGUGGCGUUAAUGGAUGCUCGUAGAGGAGUUAAAAUGUUCUCUAAAGUCCAAGUUCCUAUUUUGGGAUUCGUGGAGAACAUGAGCUACUUUAAGUGUCCACACUGUGGUGAACCUUCAUUCAUUUUUGGGAAAGAAGGAACUCGGAAGACAGCUGCCGAAUUGGGCUUGGACUUUGUUGGUGAGAUACCAUUAGAAAUAGAAAUUAGAAAGGGUGGCGAUGAAGGUGUCCCGAUAGUAAUAUCAGCGCCUGAUUCUGUCGUCUCCAGAGCAUUUGGUGAUUUGGCCCAAAAUGUUAUCAACAGACUUGAAGAAUUGUCUAAGGAACAACCCCGUCCGGAGAUUUUGCUGUGAAAUUGUGUGGUUGACAUAAGAAACUAAAAAGCACCUCCUUUACCAUGAUCUGUUGGCAGUGAAAAGUUUUAGAUGAUCAAGCUUUUGUAAUUUGCCAUGGUCCGAUGAUGGUUUUUAUCAAUGCCUCUUGAAUGCUUUAAAGUGUACAGGAGCAAAAAUGCCAGGAAGCCAGUUUUGGUGCACUGCACAGCAAGUUAAAACAGAGCGCACCUGACUUAUGUGGAACUGGGAAGUUAUCUUGAAAGCUUGGAACCCAGAAGUUUUAAGAAUUAUGGGAGAGAAGCAAUGCAUGGAUAAGUUGGGGGAUAAACAUGGGAAUAAGUACUCUUUUUUCAUAUUUUUAGUUCUUUUUAUAUGGCACUUGAUAUCGAGUACCGCUUG